GAUCUAUUAGUUGGCUUAUCAAACCGUAUGUUCGCAAUUCACUUUACGUGCGAUUUUUUUAUUUCAAACGCAAGAUAGGCUUAGUCGCGGAAACUUCGAAGCAUAAAUUAACUUAGCAUAUCAGUGAAAUGGCCAAUGUUCAGUCUAUUUGGAAAAAGAUGGAUACCAGACGCCGGCAGCUGGUGGAAGCGGCCGAGAAGCGACGGCAGGAGGAGGCCUCCCGCGGAGUCAAGGACCCUGAGAGGGUGAAGCGCAUGCAGCAGCGGUCCGAGGAGAUGGAGAGACGAGAGGCUGAACUGGCUAAGGAGGGAGGAUCCAACCUCAAGUGGACGACAGGGUGAAAUCCGGAGCCAGGCGGAAGUAGUCAGAGCAGUCAGCCCGAUCCGCCCGCACCCAUUUCCAAAGAAGAGAAAUACCGAUACAAGAACUAAGGGCCCGCUGUAUGUUACAUUAUAUCUCUCUGUGGACUAAAGAUACGUGUGAUGUUGCUAAUUUAUUUUUGUUAUUAGUUUUACAGUGCUACUGAUUUAUUAAAUGAAUGUAUUAUACCAAAUUUUGUUUUUCACGCUUAAAUUAAUAAGUUACACAAAUAAUUAUUUUAAAUUUUGAUUUAAAUUUACACUAAAAUGCUAUUGUAUUUUAGUGAUGGUGUUUACUUCAUUGAAUCUUGUAUUAUUUAGAAAUGUAUAGUUGAUUUAUAAUUAAUGAGAAAAGUAAUUGUAUAUACUAUGAAUGAGUUUUAAUUGACCGAAAUAUGUUUAAAUUCAACAGGUGUCCAGUAUUUUUUCUUACUAAAAUAAAAUAUUAAAUAUAUGUAUUUUCAUAAGAAAUUUUACAGCAGAGUCUAUGAUAUCAAACAAUAAUAUUCGACUGAUUUUGCCCAUGCAUAGCUUGUUUCCCUUACAAACCGCAGUCAGCACAAGUCUAUCCUAUUGGCCAUUGAAAUCUGCCGAUUUAAGCAUAUUUGGACUUUAUUACAAAAGGCAUAAGGUCCACCGAUCCACAGUUAACAGUGUGGGCCAUGAUAUGUACUUUAUUGCAAGAAAAUAAGGGACUUACACAAUUGGAUCCAUUUUCAAUGGCACAUCGAUGCUGAUUUACCGUCGGCAAGUUUCCAAAAUUGUGAAAAUUCACUUAGAAAUUUUUCGGAAACUCCUUAUAAUUUUGCAUAGGAUCGUAAUUUGCCUUUCCCAAAAUGAAAGUUGGCUUUGUCUCCUGUAAAAUUUUCCUGUAAUUUCUGACAACUUUACCAACUUUUCGGAAAUUUUACACAUGACAUUCACAGUUGUUACAUUUAGCGUGCUAAUAAUGAGAAAUUUGUGUAGUGUUAGCUAUUCACGCCUGUUUGUAACGUGUGUUUUGAAUGUAAUUGUUUAGUGUGUUGUUAUUUGUAAAGUAAGAUUGUAUUUAAAUGUGCUAUUAAAUUAUCUUUGUAUAUCUUUGUACACGAAUGUAUUUUUGUAACCAAUCAUACAACCAUUAUAAUA